UUCAUAACCAACCAAUAACCAAAAUACGACUUGACUUGUACGGUUCUGCACUUCUGCGAGUCUAAAAUUUAUUUGUUGAAGUUUUUAAAAUGUUUCGUAACUUUUCGAAAUCAAACCGUUGGAUUGUAUGUCAAUUUUCUUUAAAAGCAGAAAGUUUGCUAACAGAGAAGACAUUUCAUCGAAAUAUAUUAAAAUUCCCUAUUUCAAAAUGCAUUGCCCUAUCAAGAAAAUACAGUACACUGACAGGUAUCAAGGACAAAGAUUUCAGUAAAUUUGAAGGUGAAGGGAGACCACUGUAUUUGGAUGCUCAAGCCACAACUCCAGUUGAUCCAAGGGUAUUAGAUGCAAUGCUACCUUACAUGACAAAUUAUUAUGGCAACCCUCAUUCAAGAACUCACUCGUAUGGAUGGGAAAGUGAGAAGGCAGUUGAAGUAGCUCGUGAGCAAGUUGCCAAGCUUAUAAAUGCAGAUCCAAAAGAAAUUAUUUUCACAUCAGGUGCUACAGAGAGUAACAACAUAGCAAUUAAAGGUGUUGCAAGAUUUUACAAAAUGAAAAAGAAUCAUAUAAUCACUACACAGACAGAACAUAAAUGUGUUCUCGAUUCCUGUCGUGUUCUCGAGGGGGAAGGGUUUGAAGUAACUUAUCUUCCUGUUCUUCCUAGUGGCUUAAUUGACUUAAAUAGUCUUCAAAAUGCAAUCAGGCCUACAACUGUCUUGGUUUCAAUAAUGAGUGUCAAUAAUGAAAUUGGAGUUAAACAGCCAUUAGCAGAAAUUGGUGCUAUGUGUCGAAAAGCUAAAGUGUUUUUCCACUGUGAUGCAGCUCAAGCUGUAGGUAAAAUUCCGAUUGAUGUCGAAUCAAUGUCAAUUGAUUUAAUGUCCAUAAGUGGACAUAAGAUCUAUGGUCCUAAAGGUGUUGGUGCUCUUUACGUGAGACGCCGACCACGGGUUAGGAUUGAAGCUCUGCAAAGCGGAGGUGGUCAGGAACGAGGGAUACGUAGUGGAACAGUUCCUACUUCGCUGACAGUCGGCAUUGGCGCAGCAUGUGAAAUAGCUCAACAAGAACUUAAGUAUGAUCACGCCAGAAUCAGUAAACUAUCCCAACGCUUGAUCGAUCAGAUUAGCCAUGGUUUAACACACGUCAUACGAAAUGGAGAUCCCGAACACUCCUACCCAGGUUGUGUUAACCUUUCUUUCGCCUACGUCGAGGGAGAAAGUCUUUUGAUGGCCCUGAAAGACGUGGCACUAUCAAGCGGAAGUGCUUGCACCUCAGCAUCGCUGGAACCUUCAUAUGUUUUGCGGGCCAUUGGCGCUGAAGAAGAUUUGGCGCAUUCUUCUAUUCGAUUUGGAAUUGGGCGAUUCACCACCGAAGCUGAGGUUGAUUACACCGCACAAAAGUGUAUUCAUCAAGUCACCAAACUUCGGGAAAUGAGUCCUCUUUGGGAAAUGGUCCAAGAAGGGAUUGAUUUGAAAAGUAUCAAGUGGACGCAGCACUAAUCUUUCCAUUCACAAACAAAACUGAAGAUGUUGCUGUAUAAAUUCAGCCUUGUAAAGAAAAUGAUUUCAAAAUAUACACUGAAAAUAG